AUGUGUGAUUCCAAAGGACCCUCGUCACGGUUCGAGGAAUUGUAUAAGUACAAUGGGCGACUCGAGCACGAGAACGCCGAGAAGCGCCGUGCACGUCUGCUGGCGGAGCAGCGGUUGGCCCGUGAACGGGAAGUCGAUGCCAGACGUCCCGGGCUGCUGGAGGAAAUUGAAGGCCAGACAGAGCAUGGGGGCGAAACGAUGGAGUGUCAUCAGGACCUGCCACCGGCCAAGCACAAAUCACACCGGAAAAAAUCCACGUUUUCGCGCCUGUACAGCAACAAGGUGCAACUGUCCGAGUGGAUGCAUGAGCGACCGGACGAUUUUGAGAACUGGAUCGUCGUCCCGUGCCCGGUCGGGAAGCGCUGUUUACUUGUCCUUCAUGAUAUGAGCGCCAUAGCCUACUACAAGGGAGGUCGCUCCAUCACAGCCACUCGCACAAACUUCCGGCACUUUCGAGGCACAACCGUACUGGAUUGCGUCUAUACCGAAAAGCCACGCCACUUUUACGUGCUCGACGUACUAAUCUACCGGCAGUUGAAUCUGGUGCACUAUGAGUGCCAGUUUCGGUUCGCGUGGAUCAAAGCGAAGUUCGACGAGGACAACCUGAGCGAAAAAUUCACUAGAAAACCGCCCGAACGGGGAGGCAUCGGCUUAAGCCUGCUACCGACCUACGAUUGUGCGCAGCCCGAGAGUCUGGCCACGUGUUGGUCACACUAUCCAGCGUUUCCCAACGAUAGUCCGCGAUUGGAUGGAUAUCUGUUUUACCACAAAGAGUCACACUACAUACACGGCCGAACGCCUUUAGUCACGUGGCUCUUCCAAUUCAUGCUAACCGAUGUUCUGCAACUUCCCUCCGGAAUGGUCAAUCGUGGUUAUCUGGAUCAUAAACCUGCAUCGUACACCGGAGACUACGCAAAGUAUAUCGGCGAAUUCGAGCGACGAAGAAAAAAGAGGAAGCUUCGCCGCCGCUAUCCGGCCAAGAAGAGAAAGACUACGCAUUUCUCCAUUGACGACGCAGCCGCGGUCGAGCCGGCCAACCAUCUUGCACUCUGGGAGGCGAUGGAAGCAGCACCGCUAGAUUCGGAUGACGAAGAUCUACGCCCCAAAGAGCUGGACGCCGUACGUGAACUGGAGAUGGAAGGCUAAUGUACCCUCUUUCGAAAACGCAUCAUAGUCACAAGG